CCUGUGUGUCGCUGCUCCUCCGCCAGGUCCCUCCCGACAACACCCUGGAAAGUCCUUUUGAAGAAAUGGCCCUGGUGAGGGGCGGCUGGCUGUGGAGACAGAGCUCCAUCCUCCGCCGCUGGAAGAGGAACUGGUUUGCCCUGUGGAUGGAUGGGACACUGGGAUACUACCACGACGAGACAGCACAGGAUGAAGAGGACCGCGUGCUCAUCCACUUCAACGUCCGGGACAUCAAGGUCGGCCAAGAGUGUCAUGACGUGCAGCCCCCGGAGGGCCGGAGCCGAGACGGCCUGCUGACCGUGAACCUCCGGGAGGGCUCUCGCCUGCACCUAUGUGCAGAGACCCGCGAUGACGCCGUAGCGUGGAAGACAGCACUGCUGGAAGCGAACUCCACUCCGGCCCCAGCCGGAGCCACGGUCCCACCCAGGAGCCGCCGGGUUUGCCCCAAGGUCAGGUGCGUGAGCCGCGCGUGGAGCCCCUGUAAGGUUGAGAGGCGGAUCUGGGUUCGUGUCUACAGCCCGUACCAGGACUACUACGAGGUGGUGCCGCCCAAUGCCCACGAGGCCACUUACGUCCGCAGCUACUACGGGCCUCCCUAUGCAGGCCCUGGCGUGACACACGUGAUAGUGCGAGAGGACCCCUGCUACAGCUCGGGCGCCCCGCUGGCCAUGGGCAUGCUGGCGGGGGCCGCCACCGGCGCGGCGCUCGGCUCGCUCAUGUGGUCGCCGUGCUGGUUCUGAGCCCUGGGGCUCGCCCCGCCUGUACACCGCUAGACCCCAUUUCCUCCUGAACCCCAUCCUCUAAGGCCUUGUCUCAUUUUUGGCCCUUUCCUCUGCAUUUAGUCCCUUCCGGGCUUGGAUCACCCCUCCCACUCCUUCUGACUCCACCCCACCCCACACCCCCUUUCCCAGGAAGCUAUCUUCUCAGGCCGGAGGUGAGAAACCACAUAGGACUUUCUUACACACACAGCAACGUCACUUCACGUGGCUCCCAAUUCUCCAGGCUCUGGAGACAUGAUCAGGCUAGCUGGUCUUCCCUGGGGACACUCCAAGCCCAGGAAGGAAACGAGGAAUAAACAAACACUUGGAGAAGCUGCCUCAGUCCUGUGGCUAGAACAGGUGGGGCAGGGGGCAAGCCAGGUAGGCUGGGAAUACUGCCCUGGCCGUGAGCACCGGGCGUGUUCACAGAAUUAAAGAGGAAUUCAGUUGGGCCCAGUGGAGGUAGAUCAUGGUGGGCUCCCAGACACAGAGCUUGUCGAAUAAAGGGGAUAUGUAAGCUUUUUAUGGAGGGAUGUUUUGUGAUCACAAAUACGAUGACUAUUUCGCCUGUUGUAUUAGGCCUGUAAUCCCUAUACCCGUACCCAAAACACUCGGAGUUUAGCUCCGCCUGUCCCACUACCAGAUUCCUGGGUCCCAUGAGCUGAACCUGGGGGCUCCUAGUUAGGGGACAGGUGGGCUGUUUGGAGCCCUUUAGCCUUAGAACAGGCCUCUGUCAGGGAAUGCCUUUCUGAUCCCAGGAGCUCGGUCCUCUUGUCAACAUCGAAGCUGUCUUUUCCCUCACUUUGAGGAAGAUGGAAUUUUUUUUCCCUGUAGGGCCUGACUCACCUUUGUACAAGCCUGGGGGGCCCCUCAUGUGCCUGCCUUUAGGUGGCCCAGCCAGCAGUCUCCUAGACGGUCCUCCUUCCCACCUUAAAGCCAGUAGAAAUGCUAACGUCCUUGCCCAGUAGCCCACUAACAUUCCCUAAACAUGGGGCCCCCAUUGGCUCAGCUGCAGAGACUAAUAAAGAUGUGAUUGGCUCUAGAACUGGCUUUGGCUUGUUUUUGUUUGUCCUCCCGCAGGGCCCAUUUCCCCACGACAUCUGUGACGUAGGCCCUCUCUGGUAUAGUAAUGACCAGGGUGGAUUCUGAGGUCAGUGGGUCUUGUGACAGCACGUU